AUGGUUCAUUACUUUUUGCUGAUCCUGAGCGGCGAGGCAGAUGAAGCUAAUCUCAAGAGAGAUGAGAAGAGGGCUUCAGGGGCCAUCGCUCAACGGCAGAUGUACUGUGUGUACUGGGGUAGGCCCAAGACGCAGCGUCGGCGCGCAACAAAAAGCGCCUUGCAACGCCUACAGGAGGCGUUGCAGGAGUUGUCUAAGGAGGAGCGCUAUGACACCCUCCAAGCCUUGCCGCCUGCGGUGAAAGCGGCGCUGCUGAGCCACAUGGAACGGGCCAAGUUCUGUGGCACUGCUGGCGCCGCGACCGAUGCCUCCCUGAGCCGCGGUGGCAGCGGUGGCAGCGUUGCGCCGCUGCGGCACCAGAGGAAUGGCCGCAGUGGCCGCAGCGUGACGGUGCAACGGAAGAGAGGAGGAUGGGUGGCCAGGUUGACAUUGUUGCCCUACCUCUCAGUAUCCACACGAUGUGCUCAGACGUCACAUCAAGCAAGCAGGAUGUUGCAAGUCCUGAACCGAGCCAAAGAUCUGGUGCUCCACCACGAGGGCUGCGAGGCACAGAGUGUGUAUCAAGCCUUGAACGAUGCCUGUGGAGAGCAUCAAAUCUCGCUGACGGACCUCUCGUUGUCCUUCUGCGCCACCGUGGGGGCGGAACGGCUGGUGGGCUGCAGCAUCAGCGGCAAAUACAGCACCUGUCUGGAGGACGUCCUACAGCAGCGACAUCUCUUGUUGCAGGGUCGUGCGGAAGGAUAUGAGAAGCUUCGGGAGGCGUGUCAGAAGGUCCUGCUGACCACGGUGCGGCCCCGUACCUCACGUGUCUUCGGCCGCGCGCGACCCAAAGCCCUGGAGUCGCCCGAUGCGGAGCGAUUGCUGCGAGGUUUGGAUCGAAGACGGCGGAACUUCUGCCAGAAACGAGCGCUGCAGGUGGUGAAACGGGCCGUGAGGGUUUUGGAAGUCCUGCUGGCCUGCGAGAAUCGUGCAAACAUGGCUGACGCGAAGCGGAAAGCACAGGCCCCAGUGACAGCAAUUCACCCCAUGGCGGACGCCGCUGCGCCGGCCGAAGCCCCGGCUGCGACGGCGGCAGCCGCGACAGCGGCGCCUGCAGCCGCACCGGCGGCGUCUACUGCAGCGCCAGCCACAGGCUCCACAGUGAACACCACGGGAGCCGUUGGGGCCGUUGGGGCCGUUGGAGCGGUUGGUCAAAAUCAAAUGUCCUAUGGUGGCUAUGGCCAGAUGCCCGGCUAUGGAGGCUACCAGCCUGGUGGCUAUGGUCAGCCGGGCAUGAUGCAGCCGGGCAUGCCAGGAAUGAUGCCUGGGCAGCCCGGGCAGCCGGGGAUGCCACCGAUGAAUCCUCAGGAUCUGCGACCGCAACUGAAUUUCCGCACGGUGGUGCGAUGUUUCAUGGAAAUUGCGGCCAUCAUCCAGGGAUUCUCGCUGAUUCUGAUGAUGGGAAAUGGUUGGCUCCAAGAGAUGGGUUCCAACGAAGAGCAGCCGCUGCGUCGCUUCGCCGUCUGGCUGGGCGGCUCGGUGCGCUCGGCGCUCAGCGCCGUGGUCCCGGUGAAGGCCUUUCGGAGGCGCCACAAAUCCCUGGAGGAGAUCUGGGACACGAAACCCCAAGCUAGUCGACCCACACGCUGGUGGGUGAUACUGGGCCUGGCCUAUUUUGCGGCGGCGUUCCUGCAAGAAUGGAAUGCUUACAGAAGAACGAGGCAGCAGAUGGGCUCCGCCGGGCAGAAAAGUGGUUUGCCUGGCCCUGACAGUACAGGAAGUCGGAGUGCCAGCAAUGUGUUUGAUUUCUACAUGCAGAAGCAGAAGGAACUUCACAGGCAGAAGACCUCGAAACAAGGUGC